CCGGGAAACUGGAGUGGGAAAGACUGCUGCGAGAGCAAGGGGAAAAAGUGAGACAGGCCAAAGUGUCAGAGCCUCUCUAUUUGUUGGCCCUGGAGGAGGGGCCGGGGGAGGAAGGUGGUGACUAUGCUAAUGGAUUCAGAGGAAGUGAGGGAAGACUAGAGGAAUGUGUUGGAGAUUUCAGGGAGAGUUCAGCUGGGAACGUGAUAUCUGCCAAAAGAAGAGAAACAGAAGGACUGAUCCGCACACUAAACACAUGAAAACAUGCCUCAUUUCACUGUGGUACCAGUGCAGGAUAACUCACCGUCCAACUAUGAUAGCCUGGAAGGAAUAAACUGGGUUGAUUACCGGGACACAGGACAGGGAGAAUACCCUGGACAUGGAGACACAGUUAGCUCAGAUGGUCAUGGUAAUCAUAAAGAAGACAGUCCCUUCCUCAGCAGUUCAGACUCAGCAUCAAAGAGGAAUGACUUCUACGACAGAAACCUGGCCCUGUUUGAGGAAGAGCUGGACAUCCGGCCGAAGGUCUCGUCUCUUCUCAGCCGCCUGGUCAAUUACACAAAUGUUACUCAGGGUGCCAAAGAACAUGAAGAGGCAGAAAGUGCAGAUGCAUCCAGACGACAAGCACCCAAGUCUCCAAAUAUGGGCACGCUAAUGGGAGUUUACCUGCCGUGUCUGCAGAACAUCUUUGGUGUGAUUCUGUUUCUGCGUCUCACCUGGAUAGUAGGAACAGCAGGUGUCGUCCAGUCCUUCCUCAUCGUUCUCAUGUGCUGUUCCUGCACAAUGUUGACAGCAAUCUCGAUGAGUGCCAUAGCCACCAAUGGUGUAGUUCCAGCUGGUGGGGCUUAUUUCAUGAUAUCUCGCUCUCUGGGCCCUGAGUUCGGUGGUGCUGUUGGUCUCUGUUUUUAUUUAGGUACAACCUUCGCUGCUGCCAUGUACAUAUUGGGAGCAAUUGAAAUAUUUCUGAAAUAUCUGAUUCCUCAGGCUGCCAUAUUCCAUCCAGCAGAUAUUCACGCAGGAAACGGUGCAAUGCUGAAUAACAUGCGGGUUUAUGGCACAAUAUGUUUAAGCCUCAUGGCUGUGGUUGUUUUUGUGGGGGUCAAAUAUGUCAACAAAUUAGCCUCGCUGUUCCUAGCCUGCGUCAUAAUCUCCAUUGUUUCUAUCUAUGCUGGAGCGGUCAAGUCCAUCUUCCACCCUCCUGAGUUUCCGAUCUGCAUGUUAGGAAACCGGACAUUGGUUCGUGAUUUGUUUGAUGUUUGUGGGAAGACGGUAGUUGUCGGUAAUGAAACGGUCCCCAGCAAGUUGUGGAAGAACUUCUGCACCUCUGAUAACAUCAGCAGUGCUCACUGUGAUGAGUACUUCUUCCACAACAAUGUUACAGAGAUCAAGGGCAUUCCUGGGCUGGCCAGUGGCAUCAUUAAAGAAAACAUGUGGGGGGAUUACAUGGAGAAAGGACAGAUUCUAGAGAAGGCAAAACUGCCCUCUGUUGAUGUCCAUGGUUCCAUGGAGACAUUUGGCUUCUACGUGUCUGCUGACAUCGCUACAUCCUUCACCCUUUUAGUGGGGAUAUUUUUUCCUUCUGCCACAGGAAUUAUGGCAGGAUCAAACAGAUCUGGAGAUCUAAGAGACGCACAGAAGUCUAUACCAAUUGGGACGAUUCUGGCCAUAACAACGACCUCUCUUGUCUAUUUUAGCUCUGUGGUUUUGUUCGGAGCCUGUAUUGAGGGUGUGGUGCUCAGAGAUAAAUUUGGAGAUGCAGUGAGUAAAAACCUAGUAGUUGGCACACUGUCCUGGCCCUCACCCUGGGUCAUUGUGAUUGGCUCCUUCUUCUCCACCGUGGGUGCAGGUCUUCAGUCCCUGACCGGAGCUCCUCGUCUCCUGCAAGCCAUCGCUAAAGAUAACAUCAUUCCUUUCCUCAGAGUCUUUGGACACGGUAAAGCUAAUGGAGAACCCACAUGGGCCCUGCUGCUGACAGGACUCAUAGCAGAGCUUGGCAUCCUCAUUGCAUCACUGGAUAUGGUCGCUCCUAUUCUCUCCAUGUUUUUCCUGAUGUGUUAUCUAUUUGUAAACUUGGCAUGUGCAGUACAAACACUAUUAAGGACACCAAACUGGAGACCGCGGUUCAGAUAUUACCAUUGGGCUCUGUCUUUUCUGGGCAUGAGUAUGUGUUUAGCCCUUAUGUUCAUCUCCUCUUGGUACUAUGCCAUUGUAGCGAUGGGCAUUGCCGGAAUGAUCUACAAGUACAUUGAGUAUCAGGGAGCAGAGAAGGAAUGGGGUGAUGGGAUCCGUGGUUUGUCUCUGAGCGCCGCCCGCUACUCUCUGCUUCGCCUGGAGGCUGGACCACCCCACACCAAAAACUGGAGGCCUCAGCUGCUGGUUCUGUUGAAGUUGGAUGAGGAUCUGCAUGUAAAGUAUCCCAGAUUGCUUACCUUUGCCUCACAGCUGAAGGCAGGGAAAGGCCUCACCAUUGUAGGAUCUGUGAUUCAGGGAAACUUCCUGGAAUGCUAUGGGGAAACACAAGCCUCAGAACAGGCGAUCAAGAACAUGAUGGAGAUAGAGCGAGUGAAGGGCUUCUGUCAGGUGGUGGUCGCCUCUAAAGUCAGAGAAGGGAUUGCGCACCUCAUCCAGUCCUGUGGUCUGGGAGGCAUGAAGCACAACACUGUUGUUAUGGGCUGGCCAUAUGGCUGGAGACAGAGUGAAGACCCACGGGCUUGGAAAACCUUUAUUAAUACAGUCCGCUGUACCACAGCUGCACACCUAGCUUUGAUGGUGCCAAAGAAUGUGUCAUUCUAUCCCAGCAAUCAUGAGCGUUUUACUGAUGGAUAUAUUGAUGUCUGGUGGAUUGUGCAUGACGGUGGAAUGCUCAUGCUCCUGCCUUUCCUUCUCAAACAACACAAGGUGUGGCGUAAAUGUAAGAUGCGAAUCUUCACUGUGGCUCAAAUGGAUGAUAACAGUAUUCAGAUGAAGAAGGAUCUGGCAACCUUCCUAUACCAGCUCAGAUUAGAAGCAGAGGUGGAAGUGGUCGAGAUGCACGACAGCGACAUCUCAGCAUAUACGUAUGAGCGGACACUGAUGAUGGAGCAGAGGUCACAGAUGCUGAAACAAAUGAGGCUCUCCAGUGCAGAAAGAGACAGAGAGGCCCAGCUAGUGAAAGACAGACACUCACUGAUAAGGAUGGGCAGUUUAUACUCGGAUGAAGAAGAGGAAACCAUUGAGAUAUUACCAGAGAAAAACCAGAUGACCUGGACUAGUGAAAAGAUAGAAGCAGAGAGACGUAACCGAAACAACGCACCAGAAAACUUCAGAGAGCUAAUAAGCAUUAAACCUGACCAGUCUAAUGUCCGGCGGAUGCACACAGCUGUGAAGCUGAAUGAGGUUAUUGUCAACAAAUCCCAUGAUGCCAGACUUGUGCUGCUAAAUAUGCCAGGACCUCCACGCAAUCAAGAGGGAGAUGAAAACUAUAUGGAGUUUCUCGAGGUAUUAACUGAGGGGCUAGAACGAGUGCUGCUUGUAAGAGGUGGAGGUCGUGAGGUCAUCACCAUCUACUCUUAAAAGGCCAAAGGUCAACAAAUGAACCACUCUUACUACGUGUUGUUGCUGUAAACUAUAGUGGAAAGCUGUAUUUAAAAAAAUUGCAAACUAUACCAGCCUAAAUUUUAUGGAUUUUGUUUUUUUAAUUAAAGUGCACUAUUUGAUAAAAGAAUUACACUCUAAAUCAGGGGUGCCCAAAAUCGGUCCUGGAGGGCCGGUAUCCAGCAAAGUUUAGUUCCAACCCCAAUCAGACACACCUGGGCUAGCUAUUAAGCCCUUUCUAGGUUUUCUAGAAACAUCUAUGCAGGUGUGUUGCGGCAAGUUGGAGCUAAAAUCUGUAGGACACCGGCCCUCCAGGACCAAGCUUGGGCAUCCCUGCACUAAAUACUUCACUGGCAUGUUUGAGCUGUGUCAGAUUAUGAACUUACCAACGCACACCAUAACAAUGAGAAUCACAUUGGAAUUUUUACCAUGUUUACAACACAAAAUAGAUGAGGAUUCCAGCAACAACAAGUCUUACGUUCAAUAUGGUGUUGACAAAAUCCCCUUUUGCUGCCAGUGGUGAACAGAUACCACGUUAAGAAAAAACAUAUCUUUGUAAUAUAUACAAUAACAUGCACAUCAUUUUCUGUAUAUUAUGAUUAAAUUUAAAAGAGCACACAUGAUUAUAAUGACUUCUGAAAGCCAAGUAACAAUCUAAUGCUUUCUGAUCAAAUCUAAUACUGUAAAUCUGGACACAAACUAGUAUUUCCAUUUGAGUGUUUUUAUUUAUUUUGUCUUCAAUAUUUAUUUGUAGGAUCUCCCCCAUUGUAUUUAAAGUAAGUUCGCAUUUUAAAAGAACCAAAGGAGCUAGAAUGGGAUGGAUAUUUGGAUAUAAAUAGUUUUUAUUUUGUCAGGGUUUGUCAGUUAUAACUGCAUUGUAUCACUUUUAUAAGAUAACAGAGAUUAUUUGUAAAUGAACAAAUCAUUUUCAACGUUUUAUUAUUCUAGACAACACAACUCACAUUGAGAAGCAGACAUUUUGGAUGUGAAUAGAUAAAGUCUUUAUUCUUUUUCUAGGGUAUGAUUACUGUACAGAAAUAUAUACAUUUGUUAUACAAAUAGAAAAAUAUACAGAAGGAUGUGCUGACUAACAACAUUUAUAUCUGUAAUAUAAGGGCAGUUAUUUGUUAAUGGUUGUAUUUCAUCUGUACAGUGUUACAUGUUGAAGAGGAAGAUUAAACACUUCAUAUAAC